CAGCGCUUACGCACUACGGAAGCCCACGUGCGAGGGGCCGUCUGCGGCAUCGCCUGAGCUCCGAGCCAGCAAGCUCAUAGCAGAGGAGGAAUGACUGUGAACAAUCUCAUGCUGUGUUACCAGGGCAAAGUCAUCCUGGCCCCUAUGGUUCGAGUAGGGACUCUUCCCAUGCGUCUUUUGGCCCUGGACUACGGAGCUGACAUAGUCUACUGUGAGGAGCUGAUUGACAUUAAGAUGCUUCAGUGCAAGAGAGUUGUCAAUGAGGUGCUGGAUACCAUUGACUUUGUAGCCCCCAACGAGAGAGUCGUUUUCCGUACCUGUGACAGGGAGCAGAACAAGGUCGUCUUUCAGAUGGGAUCUGCAGAUGCUGAGCGAGCCCUUGCUGUGGCCAAGCUUGUAGAGAAUGAUGUAGCUGGUGUUGACAUUAACAUGGGUUGUCCAAAAGAAUACUCCACUAAGGGAGGAAUGGGAGCAGCACUUUUGUCUGACCCUGACAAAAUCGAGAAGAUUCUGAGUACCCUUGUUAAAGGGAUUUGCAAACCAGUGACCUGCAAGAUUCGGAUCCUGCCAUCGCUUGAGGACACAUUGAAUCUUGUGAAGCGGAUAGAGAGGACUGGGGUAGCAGCCAUUGCGGUCCAUGGGAGGAAUAAGGAAGAGAGACCUCAACAUCCUGUCCACUGUGAUAUUAUCAAAGCCAUUGCUGAAGCUGUCUCCAUUCCGGUAAUAGCUAAUGGAGGAUCUCAUGACCACAUCAAAGUAUAUUCAGACCUAGAAGCCUUCCGGCAAGAGACUUCAGCAUCUUCCGUGAUGGUGGCACGUGCAGCCAUGUGGAACCCAUCCAUCUUCAGAAAGGAGGGCCUGCAGCCUCUGGAAAAGAUCAUGCAAGAGUACAUAAAAUACGCGGUGAGAUACGAUAACCACUACACUAACACCAAGUACUGCUUGUGCCAGAUGCUGAGAGAACAGCUAGAAACUCCCCAGGGAAAGAAGCUCCAUGCUGCCCAGUCUUCCCAGGAAAUCUGUGACGCCUUUGAAUUGGGCAGCUUCUAUAAGAAGAUAACAGCAGAAUUGACAGCCAAAGCAGCCACACUCCAAAACGAUGCUCAGGAGGAGGAUGCCCAGGCUGGAGACGCUGAUGUCAUCAAAAUGGCGGUUAAGUUUGACAAGAGACAAUACCCACCCCAGAUCACACCUAAGAUGUGCUUGCUGGAAUGGUGCCGGAAGGAGAAGUUAGCCCAGCCAGUGUAUGAAACAAUCCAGAGACCAGUGGACCGCUUGUUCUGCUCCAUUGUCACUGUUUCUGAGCACAAGUACCAAUCAGCACUGUGGGACAAGUCCAAGAAGCUGGCGGAACAAGCCGCAGCCAUCGUCUGCCUGAGAAGCCUAGGGCUCCCUGAGGGGAAGCUGAGUGACGACGCACAGAGCCCCCUCAUGCACAAGCGCAAAGUGGAGGAGAGGGAACUUUGGAAAGACCGAGAGAACGAGGAGGCCCCUCCUGGAGGGGCCCCUCACAAAAAGCCCCACCUGACCCUGGGGACCAACAACAGUGCACCUGACAGGCCAUGACUCUCCUUCACCUUCAUACGCUCCCCACUGCCACCCCCCAGGAUUCCUGUGGACCCAGAACACGGAGCGACCUGGGGAAGCCCCCAUGUGGGAGCUCUGGGCCUUCUGGAAGGAGUGUGGGGAGGGGUGGCUGUGGGUGUAGGUGGGGCUCAGGGACUGGGACAUGGAGCUGCUUAGCUCGUACUGCCGCACCCCACCCCACCAGGUGUUGGGAAGCAAGAGACUUGGACUGCUUGGCCUGGCUUACCCUUCCAUAAGACAGGUCUGAACACCACUGGAGGGUGUGGAAAGCAGCCAUUCACAAUGUGCAUGAGCCAGUGACGAAAGACCUGUGGGUUCACUAUGGACUUAGGAUGGGCAGAGGGGGUGGCGGGGGUGGACACUGAGUAAUUUGGUGUCCUGGGGAGGGAGAACAGAAGAGCUGGAGGCCUGAAGCUGGGGGGAGGGGGAAGUUGGAGAGGACACAAGAGGAUGUUGUCCAGGGCUGACACCACAAGUCCAGAGUCUGGGAAUCUUCUGUGGUGCCAGCUGUUCCAGGUACCCUAUGUUUUCCUCAGUAAAGAUGGCCCUCUGCACUGAGUUGAGCCUUCACCCCUGUGAGCACCUCAUCCUUGAGGCUACUGGAGGGGCAGAGAGGGCCUCCCUCCACUGUCACUAGUAGGGUCUUCCUGAGCUAUGAGGGUCUAGGUAGGGAAAGGGCAAAAGAGUUUCUGCCUUUCCUUCCACUUAGCACCACUCACCACACCUUCUGCCCUGUCUCCCAGGGGAGAUAGAUGAAGCAAGUGAAACAAUGUCUACUUGGGGAAGGUUCCCCCCAUCCCAGUGGUAAUUGACUGCUGUCAGCCACUAAUCAUCUUUGCCGCUGCUAAUUGGAAGACCCUGGGAACAGAUGGAUAGAAUUCUGAGCCCUGGUAACUUGAACUAAUGGUCACAGCCUGGGCAGCCACUGGAGCAUAUCAAACCGUGACUCCUGACUCUGAUGGUCCCAAGGGAGCUCCUAGUCCUAACGAAGGAUGAACAGUGUCCACAGGGCCCUCUUCCUUGCCUCCAUGCUGUCUUCAUUGAGGAAGAUUGUUUGGGCGGGUUGGAUGUCAAGGAGGAGAAUUAAAAAGGGUUAAGCAGU